AUGGGCAUUAACCUCAGCGAGUAUGAAAACCAUAGCCUCAUCUGGUCUGGAAACAUUAAAGGACAUACGGGUAUCCGCACAGAUAUCUUACCCUUAGUUGAGGCCUUCUUCAACUACACUCUCAUGUUCAUCGUUCUCACGCUCUUGUUCGUCGUGGCCAUCCGAAAGCGAAGGGGUCUCUGGUCCAAUUCCCAAAUGACUUGGGAUGCAUCAAACAAGUUGUCCAGCGUUGCAACUGGUUCCUCCCCUACCUCUGAGACUCCAGGGUACUCGGAUGAUGGCCUGCAGGAGCACGGGUUCUGUCUCGAAUCUCAGCAAACAGAAACAUCUUCUCAUCCGACAGAUUCUCAACCAUCCAGCCAACCACUUCUGUCUUCAGCACCACCUGCGUUGCCUCGACAACCCCCUCCUGCAGCGCACCUAGAUCCAGAACCUAUCUCAAUCGCACAGCAAAGAAUCCCACGAAGACCGCUUGCCCCAUCGAUACCUCUAUCACCAACCAAACCAAGCUCGCCAUCAGGCAUACCAUCCUCACCACAAAGUAUACACCCAGUCCACGGGGGGUUUCUGACACGUCAGCGGACUAUCGAGGAGUUGGACGCGCAAAAGGUGUUGGUAUUAGAGAUGUCACCACUACACCAUCCACACAGGAUCGCUUCCAGCGACGAUGGAGAAGAAGUGGCGGAUGGAUUUCAAAUGCAGAAUCGCGUCCACUUGAGUGUAGGAGAAAUCUCGGCAAAUGCUAUGGUUGCCACUAGAUACCAGGCAGCGCAGGGGCAUGAUCCAUCUUUGGAAGAAGACACAGAGCUGGACACGGUGGUCGACGGGUUUCAAAUGGGCUCGGCACAGAGAAGGACAAAGGAAGUGGAAUCGACAACCAAAUCCCAGAAGUCCCAAGACCAUGACGAACCUCUUGCGGAGUCAGACGUGGUAGCUGAUGGGUUUCAAAUGCAAUCUAAGCUGCCGAGUUAUGAUGAGGCGGCCCCGGCGAGGACUGGGGUAGGGUACUUGAGGGAGAAGGACGACCAAGAUAAGAGAGCGAGGGGGAGAGCGAGAUCAUUUUGA